ACAUCACUGCUGGACAAAGCGGUAAGGAGUGGUUUACUGUGAAGUGAGAGAAGCGUCCCAAAUCAAUGAGACAAACCCAUACACUGAAAAAUCGCCCUACAGCUUUAUUCGCCGUCGAAAGAAGCUGCCGUAGCGUCGGCAGCAGUUUUCGCAGUGCUUUGUUGUGACAGGAAUGAACUACUCCUGAAAAUAACAUCGGCUGAGCUGCUCAGAGAAAAAAAGACUCACCGCCGCUGGAUGGUUGGUGCUUUUUAAGUUUCGUCCUCCUAACAUGCACUGUGUCUGAAGAAGUUGACCCACGGUUUGAAUCCAGCCUGGAAGAUCAUGCUGUCCCUCCUGCUGCCUGCCAUGCUGGCCGUCCAAGCUGUGGCAAUGUUGGAAGUGCACGUCCCAGAGCAGCCAGUGGUGGCGCUGCACGGCAUGGACGCCACCCUCGGCUGCUCCUUCAGCCCUGCCAGCCCCUUCAACCUGUCUGAUCUGAGCGUCUUCUGGCAGCUCACAGACACCAAACGCAGUGUGCACGGGUACUGGGAGGGACACGACCAGCUGGCAGACCAGGCAGAGAGGUUCGCCAACCGUACCAGCCUGUUCCCCGCCCAGCUGGGCCUGGGCAACACUUCGCUCCUGCUGAGCAGGGUGGUGGUGGCUGACGAAGGCAGCUAUACCUGCUUUGUCAGGGUGCAGGACUACGGCAGUGCUGCCCUGCUGCUGCAGGUGGCCGCCCCCUACUCGAAGCCUAUCGUGACUUCGAAGCCUGAAUCCAACCUGCGACCGGGUGAUGAGGUGGCUCUGACAUGUGUGGCCUACGGUGGCUAUCCGGAAGCUGAUGUGAUUUGGCAGGAUGGUGGCGGGCGUAACCUGACUGACAACAUCACCAAUUCUGUGGUGGCCAAUGAGGAAGGGCUGUUCACCAUGAGCAGUGUGCUUAAAGUUAUGGUGGAGCCCAAUAGCACCUACAGCUGCCGACUAAUUAACCCACUACUGGGGGAGGAGGGAUAUGCCUCUGUCACAAUCACAGGUCAGAACAUUGCAUUCCCCCCAGUGGCUCUGUGGGUAACCAUUGGCCUGGCCGUGUGUCUGCUGGUGCUGCUCAUUGCUCUAGCUGCUGUCUGCCGCAGGAAGAUCAAGGAGAGCUGCGAGGAAGCCAGGAGGGAAGCUGAAGAGGCCAAGGAGCUGGAAGAAGAGGAGUCAAAGACAGCUAUGACACUGCUGAAAAGCUAAGGCCAAGUGAUUCAAGGAGUCGGAGCCCAGGCAGCGGGUAGGAGAUGAGUGUGGCGUGUAUAAUCCCACUCCACCUAUCCAUCAACCUGGAGACUAUUUCCAAUAUCCCCCUACAGAAUGUCAAAGCCUUGCUGAGCGAAAGAUGAGUCCAUCAUCUUCUUUCUAAGACUUUCCCUCGAGUUCCCAUCAAAAAAACACAUAAACACAUCAUGUGCCAUUAUUUCCCAACCAUCCCUCCCUUCAAUUUUCUGUCAAUGGAGGAGCUGUGGCAGUGCAGUAUGCAAAAAAGGAGCUCUGUGUGAAACCUACACGAUGUGACAGGAUCCUCUCACAGCCGCCGACAUCAUGCUGCAUGGUUUGUGAUGUGGUGUGUGCCAGAGAUCUCCUGUCUAAUAAGAAGUGAGACGCUUAAAGAGAUGACCCUGCCUCAGUUGCUAUCAACUGAGAGAGAGAGAGAGAGAGAGUUUGGCUCUCCCAUUACUCCCGCACUUGCUAAUUAUCGUCUGUCGGCGGAGUAACUUGUACCUGUCAGUGUACGCUGCUCUCCUAUAUUCACUAACUUGAGGGGAUUGAAAUUGAAGCCAGCUAAGCUUCAACAAACUGCAAAUGGUGCAUGGGAUACUCCCUGGUUUCCUCACUGACCUGACAGCUUUAUAUGUAAGAAAUUGUUUUUAAUGAACGGGGACUCUCUCUGCCUUUUUUUUUUUUUACUACUUGUGUGGCAUUGUAUCUCUUCAGGCUCGGGGAUGUACAGGUUUUUAUCACUUUUUCUUUUUUUUUUUCUUUUUUUUUUCUUUUUUAAGGUACUUGAGCCUUGAAACCCUCCCCGUGCCAUAUGUCCAUGUAAGAAUGCCAAAGAUAACCCAGUGCCUAUUUACAUUAAAGAGACAUGACGAAACUGCCUGGUCAUUGGUAAUUAUUGCUUCUACUCCCUGUGGAC